AUGAUUUCCGCGUUGCAAUGGGUCCGCAGAGGUGCCGCCCAGGCCAGGCCUGACAAAUACGACCUCGACGAGAAAGAGUUCAAGCGCAUCAACGAUUUUGCCGCCCAGCAUCUCGCCGACGCCAAGGAGGAGCUCGCCGCCGCUCAAAGGGCCGAGAACGAGGCCAAUGGAAUGGCUGUUGAGACUAUCAGCGAAGCCAACCCAGAACUUUCAGAGUACAACUUGGACGACUAUGACGAGGAGAAGCCCCAGGCACAAGAGUCCAACAUUUUCAGUAACUUGAAGGGAUUGUCAUACUAUACCUCUAACCGCGAGGAUCCAUACAUCACCUUGCGCGACGAGGAAGACGAGGACCAGGAAGAUCUCGUGAUCCAGGCAACCGACAACUUGUUGCUCGCAGCAAAGACAGAGGACGACAUUUCGCACUUGGAGAUCUACCUUUACGACGAGUCCGAGGAGAACGAGGGCAACAUGUAUGUCCACCACGACAUCAUGCUCCCCGCCUUCCCUCUUUGCUUGGAAUGGCUCGAUUUCCGUGUGGGUCGCAAGAGUGCUGUUGAGGGACCAGGAAACUAUGUUGCCGUGGGUACCUUUGACCCUGAGAUUGAGAUUUGGGAUCUGGAUACCGUCGAUAACAUGUACCCCGAUGCCGUCUUGGGAGCACAAGACAAGACCAAAAAGAAGAAGGGUGCCAAAAAGUCCAAGAAGGCGAACAAUGAAUAUCACACGGAUGCGGUGAUGGCGCUUGCAUGGAACAAGCAGCAUCGCAAUAUUUUGGCCUCGGCCUCCGCAGACACCACUGUCAAGCUGUGGGAUUUGACGACACAGCAGUGCGCCCACUCUUUCAACCACCACACAGACAAGGUCCAGGCAUUGGCAUGGAACCCCAUUGAAUCGACUGCUCUUGCGACUGGAUCGUACGACAAGACAGUGGUCGUUUUCGACUCUCGCGCACCCGAUGCCCGUGCCACAUGGAAGCUCCAGGCAGAUGUCGAGUGCUUGCGGUGGGACCCCCAUGAUGCCAACUGCUUCUACGUCUCGACGGAUGAUGGCAUGGUUCAGUACUUUGAUGGUCGCACAGGAGGAGGCCAGCCCGUCUUCAGACUGCACGCCCACGACAAGGCCGUGUCGGCCAUGGAUGUCAACACGACUGUUCGCGGAUGCAUUGUGACAGGAUCGACUGAUGGUUCCGUCAAGGUCUGGGAUGUGAAGGAUAACCGUCCCUCGAUGGUGACGAGUCGUCAGGUCAAGUCUGAUAUCGGCCAGGUCUUUUCGGUCACCUUCUGCCCUGACGCACCCUUCAACUUGGCCAUGGCAGGAUCAGGAGGCAAGGUCAACAUCUGGGACAUUGCCACCAACGGUGGUGUGAGGAGAGCCUUUGAGGGCCGUUCGGUCAUUGUUGCCAGCUCCAAGGCAGAGAAGGAGAAGGUCGUUGCCAUGCCUAAUGAUGACGAGCCCGAGUCUGAGGAGGAGAUGGAUGGUGCUGACAUUGAUAUGGACGACAUUGCCGAGAGUGAUUACGAGGAGGAGGAGAGUGGCGAGGACGUUUAA